CGCUACUAAAAACUGACUGCAGAGGCGUCCUUGCUCCGCGUAGUAGACGGCAUCGCUUGCGGUGUCGAGCGUAGCAUACGCGCGCAACUGCAAGACAACAGGGCUGCACGCUCGCGACGCCAUCGCUGCAAGCUUUACAGCUGCACAGGGAGCCAGCACUCUCUGAGAGCAGUGUGACGCAGCGCACCACACGGCCGCGGAAGACGCCAGCCGCAUCAACACAAUACGAAGAAACGAGAGGGCAUGGCGGCGAACGGCCACGCGACGACACCGGGCGCCGGCUGGGCCGCCCCCAAAUACGAGGUCCAAGUAAAGUCCGAAAGGUUCAAGUUCAACGCGGCGCACUUCGUCGCCUUCCCGGGCUACCGCGAGCGGCUGCACGGCCACAACUACACGUGCAGCGUGCGCGUCUUCGGGCCCUUGUCCGAGCACGACGGCUACGUGUUGGACUUCGGCGACGUGAAAAAGGCCACCAGGAGGGUCUGUGAGCAACUAAACGAGCGCUUCUUGUGCCCUUGUCUGGCGGACGCCCUGGCGAUCACUCGUAAUAAAAAGAACGUGGAGAUCGUCUGCGAGGACGCGUCGUUCUUCUCGAUGCCGGAGGCCGAUUGUGCGAUGUUGCCGCUGAAGCACUCGACGGCGGAGGAGCUCGCCGCGCUCGUGUGGCGGCGCGUCAUCGACGAACUGGGCGUCGAGAAGCUCGUGAAACGCGGCAUCACGGCGCUCGAGGUGAGCGUCGCGGAGGCGCCGUCGCAAGAAGCGCGGUACACGCGGCCCCUGGCGGGCUACGACCCGCGCGAGGAGGUCCCGGUGUCUUUGCCGUCGCCGGGGGCGUGCUGUUCUCAAUUCGCGGUGCCCUGUAGGCCGCCGGCCGCGCCAUAGUUGUUCGGUUAACUUGUGUUCUUUGAUUGGGUUUUUGGCGGCGACGGCGUGCGUGGGGGCGGACGUUCGUGGCUCGCGAUGGGUGGAGAGGCGUGUGACGCGCCGCGGUGUGUUGAUCCCGCGCCUGGGUUUCCCCUCUUAUAGCUCUCCCGCGACCAAGCGGAGGAAUGUG